GUGCGAGACACGAUAGAGGAGAAGAUCGUCGCCGCGCUCGCGCCGACGUACGUCCUCGUCCGCGACGACAGCGAGAAGCACGCGCUGCACAAGGGCGGGCAACACGACGGCCACGCCGGCGUGCGGAGCAAGGAGUCGCACUUCAACGUGACGGUCGUGAGCGAGCAGUUCGAAGGGAUGACGCCGGUGACGCGGCAUCGCACGAUCAACGCGAUCCUGAAGGAAGAGUUCGACGCGGGGUUGCACGCGCUGCAGCUCUCGACGAAGACUCCGGCGGAGUACGAAAAG